CAGCUGCCAGAUGGGACAGCUGUCAGUUUCGAAGGACGUGACGUCAUGUGUUUCUUUUCUGCACGUUUUCGUAGCAAUUGGUAGCUGCAAAAAUUAAACCAAAAUGGGUCGCGUUCGUACAAAAACUGUAAAGAAGGCGUCUAAAGUUAUCAUCGAGAAAUAUUACACUCGAUUGACUAUGGACUUCCAUACCAACAAGCGUAUAGUCGAGGAAGUAGCUAUUAUUCCAACUAAGCCACUGCGGAACAAAAUUGCCGGUUUUGUGACACACUUGAUGAAACGGCUACGUAACUCGCAAGUUCGCGGUAUUUCGAUCAAAUUGCAGGAAGAGGAACGUGAACGCAGAGAUAACUAUGUACCGGAAGUGUCCGCUCUGGAGCAGGAUAUCAUUGAAGUCGAUCCAGAGACUAAAGAAAUGUUGAAGCAUUUGGACUUUAGUAAUAUUGUCGUCCAGGUGACCAACCCCACGGCGCAAGGCUACAGCAGACGUAACUGAAGUAGAACCGAUAGCGUAAAUUUGGCAUUGAUAAGAAAAAAAUACAUUCAAUGUAGAAUGUGAAAUAAAAGAUCCCAAGGUAUCUCAACCGA